AUGACCGUCAGUGGACAAUGUCGACCGGCUCCACUAAUUCCGUGCGUUCUAGACACGUCGCAGUUAUACGAUUAUUGUGUGAAAAUUCUGUUGAAACUUGAUAACACACUACCAGCGGACACUUUAGCCGGCCAUCGUGACCGAUUUUCGAAACAAUUCUAUGAACCGAAGAAGUUGUACAACACCGUAAAACAAAGACAGUAUUUUAAGCAUGUUAUAACGACGCCUGCGUUACCCGAGAAUCCACCAAACUUUUUGAUACAAUCCGAGUUACGAACGUACGCGACGCCAAGGGUGGUAUCGCCACCAGAAGAAUCUUUAGCGGAAAGAGAAAGUCCCAUCGAUCAUUUACAGCAAGAAAAUAGUCGUCAGAGACAAGAAUCGCAUCAUCUACCGAUGGAUCAUCAACGAAUCAUGGAAGAGCUUCAGAGUCGUGUCAUGCAACUUGAAUCGGGUUUGCUUAUUAAGCGCAAUGAAAUUGAAGAAGAAAAACAGGUAAAUGAGGACUCUCUUAAACAAAAAGCAGACACGAUGGCGAAAGUUGAUGAAAGCGAAGAAAAGUAUUUUGUUUUGGAAGAGAAAUUUCAGAAAUUGAAAGAUGUAUAUGCAAAAUGAAGAGAAGAACAUAUCAGUUUAAUCAGGAAGAAAGCCGAAGUGGAGAAACAAAUUGGGUUAUUAAAAAUGUCAGAAGAAAAAUCGGAACGUCGAACCGUUUUUAGAGUUAAUAGAAGGUGAAGAUAUAACUGAACAGGAAGCUCGAAAAGCUAUCGAAGG